CUUAUUGCAGGUUUAAUCAGUUGGAAAAAAAUGGACAAUUUGUUGCUUACCGAAGAGAAGGAUCCUUAUGUUUUACGCCUGCUCAACAAAUACUACAAUCAGACAAACGGGAACAAUGGCCGGGACGACGGUGACUAUAAUACGUUUUUCCUUCAUUUUAAAGCCUCGAUUCUCCGAUCAAUUCAAAAGCGGACUUCAAUGUUUUCGGUUACUGAUGAUAUUCUGAGAUCGUUUGUCAUCAUCGAGGAAAUGGACCGCCAACAAGGUGUUCCUCCCUCCGACGCAUUGCGGGAAGCCUUUUCCGCCGUCGCAGUUCAUCGAACUCUCUGCUGGUUGUCUCGCUCGUGGGCCGAAUACUUCGAUUCUGUUAGAAGAAUAUGGUGGAAGUUAAUUAAGGAUUUGGAGGUGUCGGAUUCCUCCGGCCUUCUUUCUCCCGGAUUAGCUAAUUGGAGAAAGGAAGUCGAAGCGGCACUAUGGGAUCGGGAAACCGCUCAGAGACUGUCUCGUAUUAAUACUCUGGACAAAGCGCAGCAUCGUAUUAAGGUUUAUUUGAGGGAGGUCUUCGAUUCAAUAAGUGCCACUGCUCAUGAUGUUGCCUAUGCUCCUGCUUAUGCUCAUACUGAAGGGAACGUGGAUGAUGUCGUCACUGCUUCUACUGAAGUCACUUUGAGUCACCAUCGCACUGACAAAGGGAACAUGGAUGAUGUUAUCAGUGCUUCUGUUCAAGCCCCCUCGAGCCUUAAUCAGAGCACUGACCAAGGGAAUGUGGAUGAAGUUGUCUCUACUCCUAAAGUCCCUUCGAGUCCUCAUUCUUUCACCGACAAAGGGAAUGUGUGUAAUGCAGUCUCUGCUCCUGCUCAAGUCCCUUCGGGGUCUCCUGUUGCACUGACAAAGGGAAUUUGGAUAAUGCAGUCUCUGCUUCUGCUCAUGUCUCGUUGUGUACUCAUCUAAGCACCAACCAUGGGAAUGAGGAUAAUGUUGUCGCUGCUUCUGCCGAAGUACCUUUGAGCAAAUGAUGAUGCUUCGUUGUAAAUUCUUUGCAUAUUUUGUUUACUUGUGGUGGUAGCGUUAGCUUUUCUGGUAUGUAGCAUUGGGUAUGGGAUACUGGUGGAAGUAAAUACUGAAGUACAUAGUGAUGGUUUAGCUUUAGCUUUUGUGGUAAAAUAGCAAUGUAGUGGGAUACUGGUGAUGCUUGAAAUGACAGUGGUUUGGUGUAUGAAAUUCUACAUAUAUAAUCACAGCUUCCUCCUUUUUUU